AUGAAUCUCCAACGGGUAAAGAAAACUGUCGUUGCGGGUAGCAGCAGCCUUGUCGACCUUCCCGAAUACAUCAUCACUUCGUUCGUCCCUGGAGCACGACCAUUGUUAGACAAACACCCGACCUUCUUCCGCUUCUUUGGACUUCUCCUGGCCCUCUACUACUUUGGCCCCAUCGCUCGGUUCAAAUCACUAUGGUCUCAGUUCUCCUCUGUUAUCGUUGCCACCAUCAACAUUUCGUCCGACGAAGACCUCUUCAGCUACCUAACUACCUACCUGUCAGAGCGGAAAACCCUCCGUGCGGAUCAGGUCUUGACCGCCGUGUCCGGCAACUCCCAGGAGGCAGGUCGACGGAGAAACCGGCGUCUCGACCCAGAUGUCGAAGAGACGAGGCGGGCUAAUGAAACUCCCAAGAUAAAUCGCAAGUACGGUGACGGCCACACCUACUACGGCAAUCGGUACAAAAGGAUGGAAAUCAUCUCCAUAUCCUGCCUGGGUCGCUCGACGCAACCCAUCAAGGACCUUAUCGAGCAUGUCUACUACCUGAACAAAGCCAAAGAGCGCGCAUUGACCAUUAUUCGAAGGCCGUAUAGAGGAGGCCAGACAUGGAGUCGUGUCACUUCGAAACCCCGGAGAGCACUCGACACCGUGAUAUUAGAUGCGGAGCAAAAAGUCCAGAUCAUCGCAGACAUGGCCGAGUACAUGGACGAGGCAACCAUGAAUUUCUACGCCAACCACGGUAUCCCUUACCGACGAGGAUAUCUUUUCCAUGGUCCACCCGGGGUCGGCAAGACUUCAUUCGCACUUGCGCUCGCUUCGAAUUUCAACCUCGACGUGUAUAAUCUUUCGCUACUGGAUAACGACUUGACAGACUCGGAUUUGAUUUCACUCCUCAAUCAGCUCCCUGGUCGGUCUCUCUUACUGUUAGAAGAUAUCGAUACUGCAGGUCUGAAUAGAAAAGGAGGGAAGUCCACUGUAUCAUCUCGAAAUUGGAACAGUCGACGUGGGAGAAUGCCUCCUCGUGACCCUGAGGAUUACGAUGUCGACAAUGACGAAGACAGUGGCUCUGCCUCACGCGUCACGCUGAGUGGGCUGCUGAAUGCGAUCGAUGGUGUUGCCGCGCCUGAGGGCCAUGUUUUGAUCAUGACGACCAACAAACCGAACGAACUUGACGACGCCCUCGUGCGAGCCGGCCGAAUCAGCGUGAGGGUGGGCUUUAGCAAUGCAAGUAAAAAGCAAGCAGAGGAGAUAUUUUUGAGAAUGUAUCUGGAUUUACCGAACGGCGCAAGUUUGAGGGAAACUGAGGAGGGAGCUGGAGCAUUCACGGACUCGAUGACUGCUCCAGCGCCUUCAUCUGACAGCGAGGCUGAAAAGCGUGGUUUUGAACUGCCAGACGACAUGGAAACCACCCGCCUGCGUGGUCUCGCGCAGAAAUUCGCCUCGCUGAUCCCCGAAGGCGAUUUUUCGCCUGCCGACCUUCAAGACUACCUUCUCAUCAACAAAAAGGACCCAGAGAAAGCGUUGGACGAGCUACCCAAGUGGAUCGAAGAUAUCUACGAAGAGCGGAAGAAGAGGGAAGAGGAGCGGGAGGAGGAACGAGAGGAGAAGAGGGAGAAGAACAAAGAGGAAAGGCGGAGGUUUAGGGAGGAGGUGAAGAGAGCCGUGAAAGGCGUUGAGGAAGAGGAGGACGAGGACGAGGAUGAUGCGGACGACAAGAGUAAAGCGAGAGAUAAGGAUGGGGGUAAAGACGCGGGAGCAGAAAAAGGCGGCAAUAGCAACAACAACAACAAGGCUGAAAAGGACACUGAUAGCGCUGGUGACGGUGACAAAUCUGGCCAGAAGAGUGAUGCUGCCAGCAAGGCCUAG